UUUCCUCCCAGUUCUUUCCUCUUCGUUCUGUCCGGCUUCGUUUCUUCGUUCGCAGAUUUGAUCUGUCCGACCUAUCCGAGCGUUCAGGCACUUUCGGCGGCGAUCUGGUCAACAUGUCUAAAAAAAGGGGGCUGUCUUUGGAUGAAAAGCGCGAGAAGAUGCUCCAGAUUUUCUAUGAAUCCCAGGACUUUUUCCUUCUCAAGGAACUAGAGAAGUUGGGCCCGAAAAAGGGUGUCAUAACCCAAUCAGUGAAAGAUGUUGUCCAAAGUCUAGUGGACGACGAUCUUGUAUUCAAAGAUAAGAUAGGAACUUCGGUGUACUUUUGGAGCCUGCCUAGCUGUGCUGGAAACCAGCUGAGAAAUAUACACAGAAAGCUCGACUCUGACCUCCAAACUAGUAAAAAACGAUAUAGAGAACUUGUUGAUCAAUGCAAUGCCUUGAAGAAGGGGCGCGAGGAAUCCGAGGAACGAGCCGAGGCGAUUGAUAAGUUAAAGGCAAUUGAACAAAAACAUAAUGAGCUCAAGGAUGAAAUUGCAGAGUACGCAGACAACGAUCCAGCGACCUUUGAAGCAAUGAAGACAGCCAUUGAAGUAGCUCAUGCAGCAGCUAACAGAUGGACAGAUAACAUUUUCACAUUGCAACAAUGGUGCUCAAACAACUACCCUCAGGCGAAGGAGCAACUCGAUCACCUCUACAACGAGGUUGGAAUAACUGAUGAUAUCGAUUAUUUACCUGCAAUAGCUCUGGCUUUUGGUUGUGCCGGACGAGAUCAUACAUCGGGAUGAAUCGUUCGAGUUUCUUCAAUGAGCAACAAUAUAGGUAAGUUUUUCUCAAUCUAUGAAUGCAUGUUCCUAAAUAAAUCAUUGAUUGGCUUCAAUUCUUCUCCACACAAUUUCUUACAUUUGCUUGCUGCCUUGCAAAUUUGUUGAUAAUAGGUUUUGCUGAUUUAAUUCCAAUAAAAUCAUGAUG